AUGACUUCAACAGAUGAAGAUUCCGGAAAGAAUCAAUUUUCCACACCUAAAGCACAGCAACUAUCAACGAAUGGAUCAUUUCCAUUAAUUGAUCAAAAGACUAAACCACAGUUAGAUAUGGAAAAAAUGAGAGAUAUAUUAGCAGAAGAAACUUGUUUAUAUACAAAGGGUGUACAAGAUACAGACGUUGAUUGGUUUAUUACCGACUCCUCGAUAGAUCCAAAUGCUGAUGUGCAACCCCUGGUUAGUUCCCCACGAGAGACAAACUUGAAUUCACAAGCAACAAUCCCAACUUCACAUCUCACUUCAGCUAUUUCAAACUCUAAUGAAAACUAUACUAAUAAAACGAAGCCAUCGAUUGCUCCCAUUCAGGAAGAAAAUAUAGCAUCUGAUACCUCGCCACGUCAUCAUCGACAUGAAAUAGAACAACAGCAACCAAGAAGACGAAGUAGCGUUUCAGUAAGCACUAGUGGUGGGUUUUUGUCGAAGUUGAAAAGCAAAUUCCAUAAGGAGUCCCCAACUCCACCUGGCAAUCACCAAGACGGGCUUUUUAAGUCUGGUUACAGUGUAAAUCCAGAUAAGAAAUCGAAUGAUAGUUCAAACUCCAGCAUUGCGUCGUUGUCAUCAUCACCCAAGUUAGUUUCCGGUUCUAACCUUCAAAGAACGAUGUCUACCCCAGCAUACACUCAUGAUACUUGUGAUCCCCGAUUGGAGGAAUACAUAAAGUUCUACCGAAAAAGUGAUCGUCGUGCAUCUGUUGCUUCGUCAUCCCAUUCUGCCAAAGAUGAAUGUUUGCCCUCUGUUUUAGUUAAUGCAUCUGAACCUACCAAUUAUAAUAAGACUAAAGAUGAAGUGAAUGCCAGCAGAGUUUCUGGAUUUUUUAAACGAAAAAACAGUGUUGCAAUGAAGAAUGGAGAAACGAGUCUGCCAAGAUCUCUGGUUUCAGUCUCAGUCACGCCACAGUCGCAAGUAAAAAAUGGGUUGGAAAAUAAUCCUAGCUUCCAAGGUCUAAAACCAUUGAAACGAGUAGCAUUUCAUUCUUCAACUUUCUUAAUAGAUCCACCACAACAGAUUCCCUCUAGAACUCCAAGAAAAGGUAAUGUGGAAGUUUUACCAAAUGGAACUGUUAAUAUACGUCCACUUACUGACGAAGAGCGACUCGAGAUUGAAAAAUCACAAAAGGGGUUAGGAGGUGGGAUAGUGGUUGGAGGCACAGGUGCUUUGGGCUAUAUAAAGAAAGAUUCUGACCCACCGAAACCAGGUGAAAACAAUUUGAAUGCCCAAGAUGAUGACAAUAAUGAUGACGGAAGUAACCAGUCAUCAGAGUCUCUGCAAUUAGAGAGUGAACCUUCUGUUGACAAGCAUGCUAAAUCUUUUACUAUAGACACUCCAAUGGCUCGUCAUCAAGCUGUUAAUUAUUCAGUCCCCAUUAAAAAAAUGGCUCUUGAUACAAUGUAUGCACGUUGUUGUCAUUUGCGAGAAAUUCUUCCCAUACCAGCAAUAUUAAAGCAAAUACCAAAAGGGUCAAUAGCACCUAUACCUGUUUUGCAGUUGCGUAAUCCAACACCCACUAUGAUUGAGAUUCAAUCAUUUGCUGAUUUUUUGCGAAUUGCGCCGGUAAUUUGUGUUUCGUUGGACGGGGUGAACUUUUCAGUUGAACAAUUUAAAAUCUUGCUCUCAGCAAUGAGUGCCAAAAAGCAGUUGGAGAAACUUAGUUUGAGGAAUACUCCUAUUGACCAAAAAGGCUGGUCCUUAUUGUGUUGGUUUUUAUCAAGAAAUACAGUGUUGAAUAGGUUGGAUAUAACUCAAUGUCCCUCCUUAUCAGUGAAUACUCUCAAGAAGAAGAAGAAGAAAACUGACAGCAAAUUUGACGAAACCUUGGUAAGAAUGGUAUCCAAUAAAGACAAUCGUUCAGAUGUUGAUUGGGAAUUGUUUGUGGCUACUUUGGUCGCAAGAGGUGGUAUAGAAGAAUUGAUUUUAACUGGUUGUUGCAUUACGGAUAUUGAAAUUUUUGAAAAAUUGAUAUCCUUAGCUGUUCUGAAGAAGACUUCGAGAUUAGGGUUGGCGUUCAACCAGUUAACUUCUCGACAUAUGAAAAUUAUUGUUGAUGAAUGGCUUUUUAAAGAUUUUGCCAGGGGUAUAGACUUUGGUUACAAUGACUUUCUGAGUGUUCAUAUGUUGAAAAUUCUUGUUGACUAUUCAAAACGUCCAGAUUUUGAUCAAAUAUUGCUGAAGUCAACAUUAUCAUUUGUGAGUCUAAAUUCCACAAAUGUAAGUCUUGGAGAUAUUUUUAAGGAAUCUUUUGAACGAGUGUUGAUGAAAUUGCCUAAUUUGAAAUAUGUGGAUUUUUCCAAUAACCAAAGAUUAUUUGGAACUUUUGGGAAAAGUGAUAAUGAAGAGGCAGAUGCCAAUGAAGUUGCCAGUGUGAACUAUUUUAUAUCUAAACUUCCUCUUUUCCCUAAAUUGGUUCGACUUCAUUUGGAAAAUGAGAAUUUUAGUAAAUCGUCAGUUUUACAAAUUGCGGAAAUACUACCAUUUUGCAAAAGCUUGGGAUACUUUUCUAUUUUGGGUUCCAAACUUGAUUUUACUUGUGGAAGUGCUUUGGUUAAUGCUGUCAAGAACUCACAGAGUUUAAUUAAUGUGGAUGCAGAUUCCGACAACUUCCCUGAUAUUUUCAAAGAAAGGAUGGGGUUAUACACAAUGAGAAAUAUGGAGAGAUUGUUAUACUCUGCGAAAAAGGCAGAUGUGAAAACUCCGUUGUUGUCAGAAGACUCUGCUGGUAAUGUAUCGAUGACAGAACAAUUACAUGAGAUCCUCCGUUUAAAAUCACAACAGAAACUUGAUUUGCAACUGCCAGAAAUUACAAAAUUUAUUGAACGUGCGAAAUCAAUUAGUCAUGGAUUGAGACAAACUAUUAAUGAACUAUUGAGAAUGCAGUUGAAAAAUAGAUUAGAUCUAGAUGGGAAGGAAACUUUGAUUAGAUUGAUAUUUAUAGAUUCCAGUAUUGAAAAGGGGUUGAUGUUAAUUGACCCAAGCUUGGUAGAUGAUAACAAUAAAAACGCAGGAUAUUUGACGAGUAUGAUUGGUACCAGAGAGGGUAAUGAAGAAACCCAACAAUUUGAGCAAUCUGAUCAUUUAGAUCCUCAACCAGCAGCAAGUGUAUUGGCAAAUAAGUCUCCUUCAGUAAUGUCAAGAUCCGAUUCACGCACAAGUUUGAAUAAUUUAAAUAAAGAAGAAGGGUCUGUUUUGAAAUUAGCAAAGCUUCGAGAUUUCCACAGUCCAAAUUCUCCAUACCCGGAAUCAACAGGUGAGGAAUUGCGAAACAAAUUGAUGAGUGUUGAAUUGGCUGAUUUAGACAAAGUGAUUGACUUUUUGAGUGACUUGAAAAAGAAGGGAGUUUCGUUGGAAAAAGUUUUCCAGUGUCACGAGAAUCAGGGUGCAAAUGAUCAUGAAGAAGGUCUACUUGACAUUGAACAUAUCAAAUCCCGUUUGCAGAAACUAUCUGUUGAACAAAUGGAUGGCGUUUCAAAAGAUGUAGAUACAGAUGCAGAUGAAAUUAACACUGGAACAGACAAGACACAUGCAUUGAAUAACACGUAUGACGAAGUAUUGAAGAAUCUCUUCAAAUAG